GUCUGCCUGCUGAUCUUAUGUUGUGUAAGCAGUAUGCAGAGCACAAUGAUGUUGUACUGGAAACAAUGAAACAGGAAGGAGAAGUGAAUUAAAGUCCAGCCAAGGAUAGUGACCGCUUGCUAUCUUCUUCUGGAGGCAGACACAAGACUCAGUACUUUUUUAAGCAAAGAGAGGCACCAGACCCUCUUUUCCACUAUGCCGGGCUAUUCAGAAUUUUUCUUCAAUGUGGAUCAUGGGUAUCUUGAGGGCCUGGUCCGAGGCUUCAAAUGUGGCAUCUUGACAGCUUCUGACUAUGUCAACUUAGCACAGUGCGAAACACUGGAAGACCUGAAGUUACAUUUGCAAACCACAGACUACGGAAACUUCUUAGCCAAUGAAACAGGCUCUCUCACGGUUUCUAUCAUUGAUGACAAACUAAAGGCCAAACUAUUGGCAGAAUUCCACUAUUUCAGAAAUCAUGCCUUUGAGCCACUUUCCACAUUCCUAAACUAUAUUACGUACAGCUAUAUGAUUGACAACGUGAUUUUGCUCAUUACUGGCACACUGCGUCAGCGGCCCUUGGAAGAGCUGGUUCCCAAGUGCCAUCCGUUGGGCAAUUUUGAGCAAAUGGAAGCUGUCAGCAUUGCUCCAAACCCUGCAGAGUUAUUCAAUGCAAUUUUGGUGGAUACACCCCUAGCUGAUUUCUUUCAAGACUGCGUAUCUGAAACCGAUCUGGAUGAAAUGAACAUUGAAAUCAUGCGCAACAAACUGUAUAAGUCUUACCUCGAAGCGUUCUAUACAUUCUGCAGAAACCAAGGUGGCACUACAGCAGAUAUAAUGUGCCCAAUCUUAGAGUUUGAAGCAGACAGGCGUUCCUUCAUCAUCACCAUUAAUUCAUUUGGCACUGAAUUAAGCAAAGAAGACAGACAGAAGCUGUAUCCAACGUGUGGGAAACUGUAUCCAGAAGGCUUAGAUAUGCUUGCCAAAACAGAAGAUUAUGAGCAAGUGAAGGGCGUGGCAGACUACUAUGCUCAAUACAGGGCUUGCUUUGAAUGCGUAGGAAGUGGUGCAGGAGGAGAAAAAACGUUAGAAGAUGCUUUUUUUGAACAUGAGGUCAAAAUGAAUGUGCUGGCAUUCAACAACCAGUUCCAUUUUGGGGUCUUCUAUGCCUAUGUAAAGCUGAAGGAACAAGAAAGCAGAAACAUUGUAUGGAUCGCUGAAUGCAUUUCCCAGAGACACAGAACAAAAAUUAACAACUACAUCCCUAUUCUCUAAACUAGACUUUAGUGGUGUGUUUUAAUGGUACAUCUAUCUCAUCUACUGGGUUCUUUACUAAAUUACUCAUCAUAUUCCAAAAAGGGAGGUUAAUUUGCAUAUUAUAACCACCAAUAACAUUUUAUAAUUAUGAUUAGCCAAUUAGGCAUGUUUGGGGAACUUCCAUUUCCUCCUGCCCUCCCCCAUCUUUUCCAGAGGUUCUGUCAGUAGAUCAUCAGUAGACCCAUGACUGUAGAGUUUUCUGCAGGAAUAGUGGAGGGCUCUGCAGGAAGUAUGCCUUUCUGACCCUUCCAGCCAGUGGAUCUCAGGGUUACAAUUGCUCUGGAAAAUGUUAAAUCUCCCUCCCUAUCUGAUCCCCUUAAUUAUCACUGCCCUCAGCUGAUGCUAUUUCUUUUUCUUUAAAAGCAUGCACCUUAAAUGCAAAGUUGCAUUGCACUUCACUUCUGGUUGGGCCCCAAGAAAUGUAAAGUACAGAGAAAGAAAAGGAUUACUUUAAAGCAUUAGCAUUUCAUUAAAGAAUACUUCUCGUGUAUCACAUGCAUGGUUAGAUUUCAGUGCCAAGACUCCUAUAAUACCACUUAAGAAUCAUAAAGGCCGACAAGAAAUUAAAGGAACAGAAGCAGCUCUACUACCUAGCAAUUGCUUGUGAUUAAAAACAUGUUGCAAAGGCAGAAGAGGGAACUCCCUUGGGCUGUUUUG